AUGAGGCUAAAAAUAGUGCAUCAAAAUCAAGAAAAUCGUGCAGGUGAUGAUCGAGAGAUGAAAAAGGAGGAGGAAGAGGAGCAUACCCAUGUGGGUAUUACGCCAGGGGAGGAGUCCAUGAAGAAGAAUUCUUCCCCUCUGAAUCCUUCCCCCAUUUCUACAUCUGACCCUGUUCUUGUUUCUGGUAAAAGGACGAGGAAACCAAAGGAGAUAAUGGAUGAGAUUUCGCCUAUUCUCAGGCGGAGGAAGAAACCAUCUACUUCCAAAUCGAAAGAUGCAAAACGAGAUAGUGCAGGAACAUUGACGAGCAAUGGAGAUGCUACUAAUGAUGGGUCAAGCAGUGCGGUGACUCCAGUCCAAGUGAAAUCGCCGACUAUGAUUCGAGCAGAGGAGGUUCAAUCAAGUUUAGGCAAUGAACACCCUAUCUUUCUGAAAACACUAGUUAGAUCACACGUCGCAAGUUGUUUUUGGAUGGGCCUUCCCGUGCCAUUCUGCAAGUUAUUUUUACCAAACAAGGACGCUACAGUUACUAUUGAGGAUGAAAAUGGUGAAGAAUUUGAAGUCAAGUAUAUUGCAAACAAGACAGGACUAAGUGCAGGAUGGAGGAAGUUUGUUUCUGGAAAUAAGUUGCUUGAAGGAGACGUUCUGAUCUUUCAAUUAGUCGGACCUUGCAAAUUUAAGGUGUAUGUAAUCAGGGCGAACGAUUUAACCGAAGUAGAUGGUGCUCUUAGCCUUCUAAUAUUGGAUUCUCAAACUAAACAAAGUGAUGCAGCCGAGGGAACUGCGGAUGUGAAACUCAAGAAGAAGAGGCGUCCAAAGUCUCUACCUUUGACAGUUGUGCAGAAGAAACAAAAGACAGGCCAAUUGGGGCUGCAACUUGGGCAGCCUGAGGAACAGUCGGGAAAUGACAGUGACGAGGUUGCUUCUGAAGUUUUCGAGGGUUCAAAGUGUUCUGGAUCGUCCAUUCAUUUUAAAGACGUUAAAAGCUUCGAAGAAUUCCACAUUGUGGUGAAUGGGGUAUGCAUCGACUCGGAACUUCCCGAACAUGUACGGCGAAAGUACUUCGAGCUGUGUCGGAGCAAGAAUGCUUUUCUUCAUGAAGGACUUCUCCCGGGCCUGUACUGUAAGUUAGCCGCCGGUAUGAUUUUCGAAGCUGUAAACACUGCGGAUGCUAUAAGAUCUUGCAAACUCACAACUCCUCGGAAGGAUUUUGAUGUAUGGGAAAAGUCGAUUAGGUCUUUUGAACUUUUGGGGCUGAAUGUAGGAUUUUUAGGGGCACGUCUAAGUCGAGUGCUAAAGUUGGCAUUCAAUUCUGAAGGUGCAGCCGAUGCAAAAAAGUUCUGGGAGGCUAAAACUGAACGAGCUCGAACUGAAGACGGGAUUAGAGAUCUUGAAGUGAAGCUCGUGGAAUUGAAAGAAGCAUCUGUGAAAUUUGAUGCUGAAAUCGAGAGUUUGAAAUCAAAAGCGGAGAGCUACGAACUCAUGUUCCAAGAAGAGGUAAACGCUCCGUGGUAG